AUGCCAUCGGUACCACACUCUUCCUCUUCACCUCGACCUUUGCAUAUUUAUCAGCACCUUGAAAAGCAGAAAAUCCACAAACGGCACUACUGGAUGAAGUCGAAAAAGACACUCCUCUGCCGGUGUCGGCGGCUUGGAUGCGGUAUGGUCAUCACCCAGCCUUUUGAUGAACGUUCGGACCCAGUGAGAGGCGUUUGGUUGCCACCAGCAACGUUCUACCGUCAUAAACGAUUCGAUAGGGCUUGCAUGGAUAUUGAGGAUGAGGCGAACCCUUGUGAGAGCUCUCUAGUUCGCGAGCAGUCUGUCGGUGCGGGGGUGACAUCCCCCUCUGCUGCCCCCACCAGCAUCGACUACCCCGACGCUGUCAACGUUCCGCGCUUCUUACGUGAUAUCCCUGAUGAAGCCUCUGCAGCAGGCAGGCUGAUCCCCGACGUUAGCCCCUCCUCAUUAUUGGCUGACACUGAUAACGUCGCACGAGCUGUUCAAGACCUACAGCACGUUAUCAAAUUCAUUAACCAGUCAGCAGCAUCGCUUUCGUAUACAAACCUUAUCUUCGACAGACCUCACAAGGGCAAUUUUGUCCCGACAGCGCAUCCUGACGCUCCCAAUAUUGGCCCAUGUAAACUCCAGGUUGAGGCAAAAGAAAAUGCAUCGAUCCUACGUCACGAGCGCAAAAUGUUCCAGGCCCUCAUAGCCGUUCAAUCCAUUGAUCGACCCAUUUCCUUGGAGUCAACAGCCGCAGCGGUUUUGCAACGUGCUGCCGACGAGUUGCAACGCAUCGAUGACAUCAAAGCCGGAGAGUGGGAACGCCAGCGUUGUUCCAGCGUCAGUAUUCAGCCUGAGGACGCAGUGCGUGGCUCAAAGGUUCCAGUUAUAAUCAACACCGAUAUAUACUUUCGUCAGUAUGAAAGCCACCCUGCAACAUUGGCCUGCUACUUCCUAAUCUUGACGCUUUCCCUGCUUUGUGGCUUAUCGCGCGAGAAAUGCAAUUUCGCACUCGCGACACUACGCUUCAUUAUGCGGUGUCUCGUUGUCGAAACCAACAUAUCACCAUCAUCAGAAGAAGCUCGUUUGGCCGACCUUCCUCGGGAUUCUCGCACACUGCUGAAACGCAUCCACCUUGAUCCAAAAUGCAAAUCUUACAUAACAUGCCCAUCCUGCUUCAAGCUAUACAACGAUGACGAUUUCGCGUGCCCCGAGUAUUGCAUUCACUCCCCACUCCCCGGUGCUCCGCAAUGCUCUACAAAGCUGAAGCGCACCCGCAUCAUACGUGGAACGGCUUUUGAACGCCCUGUGAAGAAGUACUUGUAUCAGGAUAUGAAGCAAUGGCUUGCACGAUUCUUAUCUCGCUCAGACAUCGAAAGCAAGCUAGAACGGGGGUCGGCGGCAAACAUGAAGGUAGCUGAUGGCGAACAGCAUGACAUCUGGGAUGCAGAGGUCCUACAAAACUUUCAAGGCCCAGACGGCAGCCCUUUCGUAUGCGGACCACCCAAAGAGUUACGCCUCGUGUUUUCUCUUGGCGUCGAUGGAUUUAAUCCAUCAGGUAUGAAGAUCGGGAAGGGUAGCGCUUCGUCCACAGGGAUAUACAUGGUAUGCCUGAACCUACCCGUCGACCUCCGCUACCACCCUGAGAACAUGUAUUUGGUUGGC